AAUGUCAUGCAAUUUUCGUUACUUUUCUUUAAUUUGAAUUUAUAUUGUUACGAAUGGAAUGCCUAUACAAUGAUUUGGGAUGCCUAUGUAACGAUUUGGAUACCAAAUUAUUACGGUUUCAACAAUUACAUCGCUCUUUUCUUCAAUUUCUGGAGUUUGAAAGCAUCAGAACUUUUCCUUAUCCUCGUUCAUAUUUUCGUUCGUGUUACUUUUUGCGAUUUUGGGAGCGAGGUUGGAUCAUACUGUGCUAACAAAGUUCCUCCUAAUUUUAAGAUUCAACUCAUCAUCUUCAAGAAACAAGAGGACUACUCCUAAUCACACAUUGAAUUCAAUUCUUUGAUAUCUCAGUUGAAAUUCUUUCCCAAAAAACAAAUCUUUUUCAUUUGGGAUUUCUCCAAAGACUCAUAUCAAGAUUGGGUCAGAAGGAGAAUGAGUUUCUUGACAUUCCUCAUUGGUUCCACAAAAUCAUGGCAGCCAGCCAUGACAGUGAACACAACAGCUUCAUCAUACUGGCUGAACUGGAGAUUGCUGCUUUGCUCGUUGUGGGUGCUGAUGUCGAUGGUGUUCGCCUCUCUUCUCAUAUCGAGACAUGAAUGUCGAAGGAACUCACAAGAGAAUGCAAAUGGACAGGAUAGAGAAUCAACAGGGAUUUUGUAUGAAGAUGAGGUGUGGAGACCCUGCCUUCAAAGCAUUCACCCCGGCUGGCUCCUCGCCUUUAGAGUUUUCGCGUUUCUCGUGCUUCUUUCCAUGCUUAUACUAAAUGUUGCUGUUGAUGGAGGGACCAUUCUUUACUUCUACACUCAGUGGACUUUCACACUGAUAACCAUAUAUUUUGGGCUUGGAUCCUUACUGUCUAUUCGCGGAUGCUAUGAAUACAACCGAGGCUCCACAGAGGUGCAUCUUGACACGGAGCGUGGCAAAGGCAAGGAUCCGAAUCAGCACCAUGAUGUUCGCGAAGAAGCAGGAUUCUUGGCCUAUGCUUUACAGAUCAUUUUUCAGAUGAAUGCCGGAGCUGUGAUGCUGACGGACUCGGUCUUCUGGUUCAUACUAGUCCCCUUUCUUGUCAUCAAAGAUUACCAUUUCAGCUUUCUGAUCAUAAACAUGCACUCAAUAAACGCGGUGUUUCUGCUCGGGGAGACUGCUUUAAACAGCCUGAGGUUUCCAUGGUUUAGAAUAGGAUACUUUUUCCUCUGGACUUCUGUUUAUGUCCUGUUUCAAUGGAUACUACAUGCCUGUGUCUGGAUAUGGUGGCCUUAUCCCUUUCUUGACCUCUCAUCAUCCUAUGCUCCAUUGUGGUAUUCAACUGUGGCAUUGAUGCACAUACCGUGUUAUGGCGUUUUCGUGCUAGUGAUGAAGGGGAAGCAUUGGGCUCUAAAGAGGUGGUUUCCUGAGACAUAUUGGUAUGCUCGACCUCAGUAAAGCUUUCUGAGAUGUUGCAAAAAAGUUUUGAGCAAAAACUUGGUUAAAAAGCAAUAGAUUUCAGUGAUGAAUAGAUUCCUAAACAGGUGUUUUUUUAGGUUUUGAGAGAUGUACAUGUCAAUACAGAGUAGUCCAUAAAUGUAUGUAACUACAAAUAGAUUUCUGACAAAAAAUAUAGUGAUGUAUUCUUCA